AUGGUAUACUACUUCUCGUCAAACACGGUGUCUCCGUCGGCCUUUAUUUAUGUUGGCAAAGACAAAGUCGAAAAUGAAGAGCUGAUCAAGUACGGCUGGGACGAAGAUGUGUGGUUCCACGUUGACAAUCUUUCCUCGGCUCACAUCUACGUCCGCCUACCAGAGGGCGAGGACUGGGAAAAGAUGAACAAGGAGUUAUUAAUCGACUGCGCGCAGUUGACAAAGGCGAAUAGUAUUGAAGGCAACAAGAAAGACAACAUUACUAUUGUGUAUACGCCGUGGAGUAACUUGAAAAAGGACGGUAGCAUGGCUGUGGGACAGGUCGGGUUCAAGGAUCAGCGCAAGGUCAAGCGUAUACAUGUUGAGCAGAGGGAAAACGCCAUUGUCAAUCGCCUGAACAAGACAAAGGUUGAAAAGUUCCCUGAUCUGCGCGAAGAGCGAGAGGCGAGGCGUGCCGAGUUGAGGAAGCGGGAGCAGGGUGCAAUGCAGGCAAAGAGGAAAGAGGAAGCGCGCGUUGCCAAAGAGCGCAAGGAGCUCGCUUGGCGGAGAGACCACGCCUAUGACGACGUCAUGACUGAGGACCAUCUCGAGGAAAGCAGCAAUCAGAACCGCGACGAGAACUUUCUUGACGACUUCAUGUGA